AUGGCUUUCGGUGCUGUAUCAGAGGACCUACUCCCACCAGGCUUCCCUAACAUUGACAUGGGUCCUCAACUUAAAGUGGUGGAGCGCACUCGAACAGCCACCAUGCUCUGUGCUGCCAGUGGCAACCCUGACCCUGAAAUCACCUGGUACAAAGACUUCCUACCCAUUGACCCAAGUGCGAGUAAUGGGCGAAUCAAACAGCUGAGAUCAGGUGCCUUGCAGAUCGAGAACAGCGAGGAGACCGACCAGGGGAAGUACGAGUGCGUGGCGUCUAAUAUGGAAGGCGUGCGCUACUCGGCCCCUGCCAACCUUUAUGUGCGAGAGCUUCGAGAAGUCCGGCGGGUUCCUCCUCGCUUCUCCAUUCCACCAACGAGUCAGGAAAUUAUGCCAGGUGGCAGUGUGAACAUAACAUGUGUGGCGGUAGGGUCGCCCAUGCCUUACGUCAAGUGGAUGCUGAACACAGAGGAUUUGACACCGGAGGACGAGAUGCCAGUGGGCAGGAAUGUUCUCGAACUGAGCAGCGUCCGUGAGUCAGCCAACUACACCUGCGUGGCUAUGAGCAGCCUCGGCAUCAUUGAAGCUGUGGCGCAGAUCACUGUCAAAUCUCUUCCCAAGCCUCCAGGUACCCCCGUGGUUACUGAAACCACUGCCACCAGUGUGACCAUCACCUGGGACUCAGGCAACCCAGACCCAGUGACUUACUAUAUCAUCCAGUAUAGGGCCAAGUCCCCAGACAGCAAGUAUGAGACUGUGGACGACAUCACCACUACACGUUACAGCAUUGGUGGCCUCUAUCCCAACACAGAGUAUGAAAUCCGUGUCUCAGCUGUCAACACAAUCGGCCAGGGUCCUCCCAGUGAACCAGUAGAAACUCGGACUGGUGAACAGGCCCCUGCCAGUCCCCCACGGAACAUACAGGCACAGAUUAUAUCCCAAAACACCAUGAUGGUUCGCUGGGAAGAGCCUGAGGAGCCCAAUGGGCAGAUCAAGGGCUAUCGCGUUUAUUACACAAUGGACGACUCCCAACCCAUGAGCCUUUGGCAGAUCCACAAUGUUCAGGACAGCGUUCUCACCACUAUCCAGAGUCUGGUUCCUCAAGAGACAUACACAAUAAAAGUCCUAGCAUUCACUUCUGUAGGAGACGGACCCUUCUCGGAGCCCAUCCAUGUCAAAGUACUGCAAGGAGUUCCAGGUCAACCAUCCAAAUUUCAGGUUGGUGCUGUGUCCGAUACCAGCAUUGAACUGACCUGGGAAGCAGCCUAUGAGAAAGAAGGAAUUGUAAACUAUGAACUUCGCUACAGGGAAGGCAGCUUUGGGACCCAGAUGAAGAAAACAUUUGGGCCCGCAUCUUCAUAUGUUGUGGGAAAUCUCCGCCCAAACACUGAGUACCACUUCUCCAUGGCAGCCAUCUCUAACAAAGGCAUUGGAGCCUUCACCAAUGAAAUAACACAGAAGACCUUGCAAGCCAAGCCCUCAGCCCCCCCUCAAGAAAUUAAGUGCAGCAGCACCAGCUCCACCACCCUGCUGGUAAGUUGGCGCCCCCCGCCUUUGAAGAGUCAGAACGGUGACCUGGCGGGGUAUAGGGUGCGCUACCAGGUGGUGGGCACGUCAGAAGGUGGCAGUGAGGAUGGGGAGCCCCUGGAGGAGCCCACAGUCCCUGCCACGGACGAGCAGGUGCUGCUGCAGCGAUUGGAGAAGUGGACCCAGUACCGCAUCACUGUGUCUGCCUUCACUGAGAUCGGCCCGGGCCCUGAGAGCGAGCCCCUGAUCUGCCGCACAGACGAAGACGUUCCUGGGGCUCCUCCAAGGCGAGUGGAAGUUGAGGUCCUCAACUCCACAGCACUAAAGGUGAUGUGGCGCUCCCUGACGCCAGGCAAGCAGCACGGUCAGAUCCGUGGCUACCAGGUUCACUAUGUCCGUGUGGAAAAUGGCGAGUCACGGGGGCUGCCCCUCAUCAAGGAUGUCAUGCUGGCCGAUGCCCAGUGGGAAACGGACGAUACAGCUGAAUAUGAAAUGGUCAUUGGAGGACUCAAGCCAGACACCACUUACUCCAUCACGGUGGCAGCUUACACCACCAAGGGGGAUGGAGCCCGGAGCAAACCAAAACUGGUGGUGACCAAAGGGGCAGUGCCUGGUCUGCCCUAUCUGUCAGUGGCUCAGGACUCCGAGUCAUCAGCUGUGGUUCGCUGGGACCCUCCAGCUCUCACUCAUGGCAUGGACCUACAUGGUUACCGGCUCCAGUUUGGCCGGAAAGAUGUCAGUCCUUUGGCCACACUGGAAUUUGCUCCCCAAGAACGACAGUACUCUGUGGGCAACAUUCACCGGGGGGCCACCUAUCUCUUUAAAGUCUCAGCUAAGAGCAGGGGGGGCUUCGGAGACGAGGCUUUGGUAGAACUUAAUGUGCCUGAGAAUACGCCAGGGGGAUACCCUCAAAUUGAAGAGCGCUCCAAUGUGACAUGCUGCUCUGUGCAGCUGUCCUGGUCUCCCCCUGUGCUGGCGGAGAGAAAUGGGGUUAUCACCGAGUACACUUUGGCUUUUAAGGAAACUGGUACCGGAGGAGCGCCACAGGAGCUCCACUUGCCCCCCAGCCAGUCCAGCUAUGUUCUCAAUAGCCUCAAACCGAACUCAGCAUACGAUGUGAAAAUACGUGCACACACCAGUGUAGGCCCAGGGCCCUACAGCCCGCCUAUCCAGUAUCGGACGGUGACCUUUGACGCAACAGACGUUCCACAGAAUUUCACUGUAAAGUGGGCCACCAAGACUACAGUGGUCAUUGCAUGGAAGUUCUCUGAAAGCAGGUCUCCUUACAAAUGCACGAUUGAUUACAACCGACAGAAGAUGGAUGUGGAUGCCAGGCAGAUGAGGGUGCUCGUCACCGGGCUAAAGCACAACACCACUUAUGAGUUCAGGGUGACCUGCCAAGAAAGCGCGGAUGGUGGGCAAAAACACCGUGUGUAUGCCAAGACCGCGCCACUCAUACUGGUCAAGAAACCCAAGCUGGACAUCUACGCUGAGCCUGACAACAUGCUCACCAUGUCCUUCCCACCAACUGAAACCAAGGAGGUCAAGACCUUCUAUGUGGUUGUGGUGCCACUUAAGAGGACCUCAGGAACUGUCAAAAACCUGAAGAACCCCGAUGAGAUGGACAUGGAAGAGCUGUUGCGGGAGGUGAUUCCAAAGCGGCGCUCGCGGCGUCAGCUGCCUCAGCUGGACCAGAGGAAGCCCUACAUCACAGCCUGCUUCAGGCAGCUGCCGCCCAGCUUCACGGUGGGAUCGGACUAUCGCCACAGCAGCUGUGAGAACAAGCCUCUUGAACCUGGCCAGGAGUAUGUCUUCUUCCUGCUGGCUGAACUCAAUGCCACCGUUGGGAAAAUGUUUGCCACCAGCCCUUAUACGGACACAGUGAUGACCCCCGCGCUGGUGGUGGACCCCAUGACAAUAGAGACUGGGGACGGACUUAUAUGGGUGGUGGGCCCAGUCCUCGCUGUGGUCUUCAUCAUCUGCAUCGUCAUUGCCAUUCUCCUUUAUAAAAACAAGCCUGACAGCCGCAAAAGAAAAGAGUCAGAGCCGCGCACAAAAUGUCUCCUGAACAACGCGGACAUUACACCCCACCACCCUACAGACCCUGUGGAGAUGAGACGCAUCAACUUCCAAACUCCAGAUUCUGGUCUAAGCAGUCCUCACAGUGAAGCAGAUUUUGACUAUGAAAGUAUGAUGAGUCAUCCUCCCAUCCCUAUCUCAGAGCUGGCUGAACACACAGAAGUUCUCAAGGCCAACGACAACCUCAAGCUCUCCCAGGAAUAUGAGUCUAUCGAUCCAGGCCAGCAGUUCACCUGGGAACAUUCCAACCUGGAGGUGAACAAGCCCAAAAAUCGUUACGCCAACGUCAUCGCCUACGACCACUCCCGCGUCAUCCUGGCCCCCAUCGACGAUCUGCCCCCCUAUCAUGACUUCCCUCUAACUGCCCACAGACACAGUGCUGAGUAUCUGGGAGCCAGACAAACUCCUCCUCUGACUCCUAAAUCUCAUUGGACAUUGUCAGAGGUAGUCACCCUUCGCCGCUGA